CGCAACAAUAAGGCAAUAAGGUCAACCUCGCUCGAACUUUUUUCUUCCACUUCUUCCAGCAACAACCUCCAGCCAAUUCACAGAUUUGUUGGACCUGCACUAUUCUACACUGAUCUAUCGAUCAUACGUCGGCACACCAUUCUACUUCUUUAAGAAUCCACCCUCACAAAUCUUGUACACGCUGCGCGUAAUCCGUUAACAUGCCUCGUAAGGAGGCCGCCGAAGCUGGAGCAGCACCCGCGCCGAUGCGAGCUUCAAUUCGAGCUCGCAAGACACCUACUCCUCCUGCUAUGGCCCAACCCACGACUACCAAGCCAAGAGGCAACAAGCGCAAAGCUGAAGAAUCUGAUGAUGAACCAAACACGAAGAGAACCAACGUUACAACCGCCAAGCCAGCCGCAAAGAAACAACCCAAGUCCGCGAAGCCCAAAACCAGCACUGCCAAACCAAAACCAACUGCUGCCAAAACGAAUGCCACCGCUGCUAGGUCGACUGGCAGAAAGAGAAAGGCGGAUGAUGAAUCCGAAGCACCACAACCCAAGAAGUCCAAGGCAACUACCACUACCUCCAAACCCAUCGCAAAAGCUACUACAACCAAGAAAACUGCUGCCCUCCCAGAGAAGCCCGCAGCUCCCAUGAAGGCUGCUGCCCCAACCCGGAAGAAAGCUGCUGCUACGAAGAAGACAGCUCCAGCCACUCUAUCUAAACCCAAAACCGCUCCAAAAGCCAAGGCUCCAAAGCCAGCCAAAACUUCCCAGCCACCGAAACCCGUCAAAGUCCUCCCAACCCUUAACAACCCUCUCACUCAAACUCUUGACGUGUUUGUGUUCGGGGAAGGCAGCGGAGGUGAGCUUGGACUUGGUGCAAAGCAUUCUGGUGCUAGAAAAGUUGUUGAUGUCACUCGUCCCCGACUGAACCCAUUCCUUUCCGCAAAGGAUAUCGGAAUUGUUCAGAUCGCUGUUGGAGGCAUGCAUUGCGCCGCCCUGACACAUGAUAACAAGAUCUUGACCUGGGGUGUCAAUGAUCAAGGCGCUCUUGGCCGUAGAACCGAGCCGGGCCCAAUGAAGGAUAUGAAGGACGAUGACGAAUCCGAUUCCGACUCUGACGAUGAAGAUUCCGGAUUGAAUCCUAGUGAGGCCGAACCCCGCGAGGUCGACCCAAAACAUUUCCCAGCAGGCACAAAGUUUGCUUCCCUUUACGCUGGUGACAGCACUACAUUUGCACUCACCACUACCGGCCUAGUUUAUGGAUGGGGCACAUUCCGAGGGAAUGAAGGGAUCAUGGGUUUCCGUCCAGAGGGGGAAAAGGGCGAAGUCCAAAGAACACCAAUGCUCAUUCCUGAGCUGAAGAACAUCGUCGAUAUUGCCACUGGCACAAACCAUGUUCUUGCUCUCGAUACGAAGGGCAAACUCUAUGUUUGGGGCACGGGCGAGCAAAAUCAGCUCGGUCGUCGUGUCAUUGAGCGCACAUCAAGAUUGGCCCUCAGACCAGCCGAGAUAGGUUUGAGGGGAAAGAAGAUUGUCAAGAUCGGUUCUGGUGACUAUCACAGCUUCGCUGUCGAUAGCAAGGACAACGUUUACUCCUGGGGUCUCAAUUCGUUUGGACAGACAGGUGUUCCGAAAGUUGGCAAGGAUGAGGAUAUUGUCGGCAGUCCUACACUAGUCAAGGACCUUCAAGGCUUCAAAUUGAAGCAAGUUACAGGCGGAUCACACCACACUAUUGCCUGCACCAUUGGUGGCCAGGUUCUGAAAUGGGGUCGAGUCGAGAGCAAGGAGGCGGGUUUUGAUGUUUCCAACCUCCCGGAAGCUGAAAUUUACACUGAGAAUGGCAAGCCAAGGUACUUGAAGAAGCCCAAGGCGGUUCCGGGUCUUCAAGGCAGUUUCGUCUCAACAGCGAACGAUACCUGUCUCGUUAUUACAUCGGAUGGUACAGCCUACAGCUGGGGUUUCUCCGAAAAUUAUCAAACAGGACAGGGUGUUGGUGGCGAAGUUAUCCUCGCUACGCAAAUUGAUAAUACCGCUGUUCGUGGAAAGAAGCUAGUGUGGGGAGGCGUCGGAGGCCAGUUCGGUGUUUUGGCUGGUAUUCCGGAAAAUUGACUGUAAGAUUAUGAGAUGGCCUGAGUAAGGCCGCGGAGCAUGCCAGUUGUAGGAUUUCCAGAACGUCGCAUAAGCACCAACACAUAAAGCGAUUGUACGAUGUAGGGUAGAACAAUGAAAAGCGACACUUCCAUCUGUCU